GAUUUUCUGCCUCUCAGCGACCUUUUCUGAACAACCUUUACCACGCUGCGCACUGCGCAUUCACGAAAUUACACAAAUUUAACAGCUUAAAUAUGUAAUUAUCGGAUCUUCAAGUGGAACGAUGUCAAUUAGUAUUUGGGAGACCGCCCGACCUCGUUCGUUUAUGGCAUCGAGGUGUGCAGAUACGACGAACUGUAUUGCUAACACUGGUCCGAUCCCGACAACUAACUUCACGGUCUAGAUCAUCCGAGCGCGAUUUCACCACACUCAGUUGGGAUACCAUGAAUGAUGCCAUUGAGUGCUGCGGUUGGUUUGGUUCAGCGGAAUAAAAGUGAAAGUCUCAAACCAUCAUGAGACACCCUCUCUAUCUUUCCAUAAUCCUUGGCGCCCUCUCAGUAUCAGCCCAAACUAUCCCAGACAGAGUCUUGACACCAGAUGUCGAUGCUUUCAUCGAAGGAAUCCUGUCCGCAGUAGGCUCGCCCGGCGGUGUAAGUGUCGCCGUCGUUCGACUCGAUCCCAGUGGGCAUUGGAAUGUCGAAACCAAAGGAUAUGGAAUAGCAAGAUUGAGCGACAAUGCCAGUGUCACGGCCGAUACGCUCUUUCCCAUUGGCUCCAACUCAAAGCUCUUCACUGUGGUCGGAACUGGGCUGUUGAUCUCUAACGAGAGCUUGACGCCGAGGCUAUCUUGGGAAACCAAGCUCGGGUCUGUCAUCCCGGAUUGGAAGCUUGCGGACUCUUUCGCUACAGACAAAAGCUCGAUCGUUGAUUUGAUGGGUCACCGUACUGGUCUACCGAGGCAUGAUUUCAUGUACCGAACGGAUGAUACGUUUGACUCCGUGGCACGGCGGGUGAGGUUUUUGAAGCCGUCGACCGAGUUUAGAGAAACCUUCCAAUACAACAAUAUCAUGUAUUCCAUGCUCUCAUACCUGCCGGAAGCAGCAUCAACAAAAACGCCCCUUGCACGUUAUGUGAAGAAGAAUGUCUUCGAUCCCCUCGGCAUGGACUCUACCACGUAUUCGUUCGAUGUCGCCAAUGCUGGAGGAAAACUAUCAUAUGGAGUCAGCCGAGAGAACUUGAGCUUCGCUGAUGGUCUCCCAGGGACUGGCAUCCCUCGUCAAUUGUCAUUCUGGUAUGAAAAGGGAGGGGAAGAUGGAAAUUUCAUGUCCGGCGCAGGUGGUGUCAUAAGCAGCGCCAAUGAUAUGGCGACUUGGCUGAAAACUUUGCUUUUGUGGGGUAAACAUCCGGAGACAAACCAGACAGUCAUUCCAUCAGCAGUACUUCAAAGAGCGGCAUCGGGCAUAACGGUAGCGGCUGAUGGGAUAUCAGGGCUGCCAAUCGCCCAAUCUGUUCUAUCGCCUGUUGUGUAUGGAGGAGGACAAGAGACUGGAACUUAUCGCGGUCACGUCAUUAUAGAGGUGUGUCUUGUGCAUGGAUUUCUAUACACUUCUCGGAAUGACGUGGUUCCAAGCAUGAUGGCGGCGUCAACGGAGCAUAUAGCCAACUGUCCCGUCUUCCUUUUGACAAUGUCGGAGUCGCGGUCCUCACGAACGACGACGAUACAGGGCCGAUUUUCAACGAGAUCAUCAAGUACCGCCUCAUCGAUGAAGCCUUGGGCUUAGAACCCUACAACUGGACUGGCAUUAUACUAGAGCAACUUGGGCAAACUAGUGGUGCCAGCCCCGUGGCUACCCCUGGGAACGCGUCAGAUCCUACCAUUCCAGGUGGUUUUGCCGCUCUCGAGGGUACUUACAACAAUUUAGGUUACGGUAACUGGCAGCUUUGUCUCUUCACUCCUUCCCAUCAACCUUCGGACGCUUGUAAGGAACUUGUGGCGAACGCGAGCACUAUUCUCCCGGGAGUAAUCAAUUCUACCAUCCCCACCCUCUUGAGCCCCUCCAGCUCCGUCUGGUUCAACUACCUCAAAUUGGAGCAUGUUGAUAGAAAUGUAUUCAGCAUCACGGGUUUGUUCAGUUAUCCGACUUUGAACGACACAAAGCAACCAUUCUGGACGAAAGUAUCGAAUGCUCCUGGUCUUAAAGCCGAAUUUUUCUCUUUGAACGGUACGAUUGGAGUGGGAUUCUCUGGUGGGAUAUGGGGUGCUGGUUCUGGGGUACCAGAUCCUCAGGGUGACAACCCACAAGAUCGUUCCGAAAUAUGGAUGGAGAAGAUAGCCUAGAUCUUCUGUUCUGAUAAUAUCAAGCUUAAGAUAGGUAAACCCUUCAUUGUAGCUAGGUUCGAACAAUAGUUUACUGUUUGUUGGUUACCCGGAACCAGAUAUUUUUCCUUUCUCGUUUGCUCUCGUUUGCACACGUCCCGACCUUUCUGUAGCCGACAACGCUCGCCUUGUAUCGUUGGCAA